UACCUCCUCCGGGGCGGAUUGUGACAUUUAAUACGGCGCAGCGCAGGCCGUCGCUUCCUCCCUGAGAGCCAAGAACCCUAGCCGCACCAACAAUCACAAGACAAGAUCCGUUGUUGCCGUUGACCGAAGAUGGCGAUGGCGGCUCUCCGAUGCGCUGCCGGAAGGAGGCUCGCCGGUGGCGGCCGCCUUCUACCGCCGGUGCUCGGCUUGGGCCGCCCGAAUCUCACCCAGGCCUUUUCAUCGCACGGGAAAGAAGAAGCCGGGAGGGAGGUCCUGGAGCAGAUCCAAGAGAAGAAGGAGAAGCUGUACGACCUCAUCCUGCGCCACGGCUAUAAGCGCAAUGACGGCUCCAUGUGCUACGCAAACGUCCAGCUCAUGCAUCAUCUCUCCGCGCACAUCAAACCUAGGCCCGAAAGCAUCGCGUGGCGUUACCUUCUCAAUGGACAUAGCUUCUAUAUUCUGUGGAUGUGCUUAAGCCCUGGCGUAAGCGCCUAUGCAAUCUGGAAUAUCUAUAAAGCAGGGGGCAGCGGAAAGAACUUGGGUGCUGUUCAACAGGGAGGAGAUGAGUUGAGGAAGAAGAAUUGCAUCGGUCAGGGGGAAGAAGUAGUUGCCUGCUGAAGGUGAAGAACUCAAGAUUGUCAAUGGACUGAUGGAGGUGUUGAAUAUUGGCUGUGAAGUUGUCGGAUAAUCGGUUGGUAGUGAUGUCUUGGAGAAUUGGCCGGUCGCCUGAGGUCCCAAAGUCUUGUGGAGAAUGGGCCUGAGGAAUAGUAGCCCUGUCCGUUUCCUGUGACUGUUCUCUGACGUUGUUUGAUGAUGCUUAACUGAUACUCCCUCCGUUCGGAAUUAGUUGUUGCAAAAAUGGAUGUAUCUAGACGUAUUUUAGUUCUAGAUACAUCCAUUUCAGAGACAAGUAAUUCCGAACGGAGGGAGUAUAUUGGUUGUUUUGUGAGAUUUGCUUGUCCA